AUGGCGUUGCUUUCAUUCACUAUCACCUGGUUACUGCUUUUUCAACAGAACAUAAAUGCCGAAUACUACACUGCUGUUAUUGAUAUAACGAAAGCAUGGAGGUUAAGUCAAGAACUAGUGUCCGAUCUAAAUUCUUACAUUGCCCUUGAAGAGAGACGUCUUAAUCGUAUUCGGAAAGUUGUCAAAGUGUUGGAUGCUAAUGGAUCAAUUAGUGACGCCUCGUCAACACUAAGUCAACAGAAUAAUGACCUAGAAGAAUAUUUAGGCAAUCCGAUUAAUGCUUAUCUUACAAUGAAGCGUCUUUCAUCAAGUUGGAAAUCACAAAUCAGUCAACUUGUUGACAAUGUACCAAACGGUUUUCAGAAGGGUGAUACUGAUGGGUCAGACUAUUUAAAUAUUUCUGAUGCUCAAAACACAAUCACAAUGAAUACAAUUCGAUCACGUGUUAAACAACAUACAGAUAUGCUACCUGGUGAUAAUGAUGUCAGUGGUGCAGUAGAUGCAAUUCUACGCUUACAGUCUACAUAUAAACUACCAGCUAGACAGCUUGCUUACGGUCAGUUAAUUGAUAAUCUGUCAACUCCUCAACUGAGUGCUGCUCAAUGCUUGGAAGUAGGUAGACAUGCCUAUUCACAGGGCGAUUUUGAACAAUCAGAAGAAUGGUUUCGUGUAGCCUAUGAUCGGUUAUUUGAUGAGUUAGAACAGAAAAAAGAAGUUGAUGCACAAGGAACUACCAUCGCAAGUGACGAAACUGAAGAAAAUGGAGAAACUGAACCGACAGUUGGACAAAUUUUAGACUAUCUUGCCUAUUCUCUUGGACGACAAGGAAGAUAUGCUGAAGCACUGAACGUGACACGUUUGCUAAUCGAAGAGGAACCGACAAAUACAAGAGCUAUCAAUAAUGAAGCCUUCUAUGUAGAACAAAUAGACAGAGGUGAAGGAAGAAUAGGUCCAAAUCCUCGUUCUCAAGCUACAUCAAAGCACGAUCAAGAAACUGAGCUAUACGAAUCAUUAUGUCGUAAUGAAAAUCCCUUCCCUACAGUCCCAUCACGUUACCUAACAUGUCAAUAUUAUACUCCUCAUGCGUUUUUUAGAAUUGGUCCAAUUAAGGAGGAAACUUUAAACCCUGAUCCACGUAUUGUAAUGUGGUACGAUUUGAUUUUCCCAUCGGAGAUUGAAAAAAUCAAAGAACUGGCUACACCAAGACUUCGUAGGGCGACGGUUAAAAAUCCAGUAACUGGCAACUUAGAGGUAGCAUUUUAUAGAACCAGUAAAAGCGCUUGGCUUCCUCAUUCUAUGACUGAAAUUACUGACCAGAUAAGUCAGCGUAUACGAGCUGUUACAGGUUUGUCCCUUGAGACUGCUGAAGAUCUACAAGUCGGUAAUUAUGGGUUGGGUGGACAUUACGCUCCACAUUUUGAUUUCGGUCGAAAAAGAGAAAAAGACGCAUUCGAAGUUAAAAAUGGGAACAGAAUAGCUACAAUUAUUUUUUAUUUAUCUGAUGUACAAGCAGGAGGAGCCACUGUAUUUAACCGUAUCGGUACACGUGUAGUCCCUAAAAAAGGAGCUGCUGGUUUCUGGUUUAAUCUUUUGCCUAGUGGAGAAGGUGACCUACGAACUAGACACGCUGCUUGCCCAGUUUUAGCUGGCUCGAAAUGGGUAAUGAAUCUAUGGUUUCAUGAACGCGGUCAAGAAUUUCAUAGGCCAUGUGAAUUAGAGCGUGGGGCAAUUGAAACAGAUGAUGGUUUUUAA